AUGCCCACGCCGGUGCCCACGGCGAGGCAGUGCCUCUCGCCGGCGGCCGUCACGGCCCUCGACGCCGCGGUCGUCUCCGCGCGCCGCAGGGUGCACGCGCAGACCACGUCGCUCCACCUCGUCGCCGCGCUGCUCGCGCAGCAGGCCCCGCCGCUCCUCCGCGACGCGCUCGCGCGGGCCCGCAGCGCCGCCUACUCCCCGCGCGUGCAGCUCAAGGCGCUCGAGCUCUGCUUCGCCGUCUCCCUCGACAGGCUCCCCUCCGCCUCCGCCUCCUCGUCGGCCUCGGGCGCCGACGAGCAGCCGGAGCCGCCCGUGUCCAACUCGCUCAUGGCGGCCAUCAAGCGCUCGCAGGCCAACCAGCGCCGCAACCCGGACACCUACCACUUCUACCACCAGGCCGCCUUCCAGGCCGCCACCGCCGCCUCGCAGGUCAGGGUCGAGCUCUCGCAGCUCCUGCUCGCCAUCCUCGACGACCCCGUCGUCAGCCGCGUCUUUGACGACGCCGGCUUCCGCAGCGCUGACAUCAAGCUCGCCAUCCUCCGCCCCGCGCCGCCCAUGCCGCUGCUCGGCCGCCUCCCUACGCGGGCCCGCCCGCCGCCUCUCUUCCUCUGCAGCUUCGCCGCCGCCGACGACGCCGACGUGCCCUCGCCCGCCGGGAGCAUCGCAGGCGGCGCCGGCGAGGAGAACGGCCGCCGCAUCGCCGAGAUCCUCGCCCGGGGUCGCAACCCCAUGCUCGUCGGUGUCGGGGCCGCGUCCGCCGCCGCAGACUUCGCCGCGGCCUCGCCGUACCGCGUCCUCCCCGUCUGUCCAAACUCCAUCGACCAAACAGAACUCGGCGUGGAGGCGGCGAUGGCUAGCGCCACCUCCGGUCUCGUCAUAAGCGUUGGUGACCUCAGAGAACUGGUCCCCGAUGACGGCGAGCUCCAGGAGAGGGGGCGCCGAGUGGUGGCGGAGGUGACGCGAGUGCUGGAGACGCACAGAGAGGGGCGUGUCUGGGUGAUGGGGUGGUCGGCCACCUACGAGACCUACCUCACCUUCCUGUCCAAGUUCCCCUUGGUUGACAAGGACUGGGAGCUCCAGCUGCUGCCGAUCACGGCGGUGCGCGCCGGCGGACUCAUGCCUCCGGCAACCACGGCAUCUCCUUUAUCCAAGUCCGCAAGCUUGGUGGAAUCGUUUGUUCCUUUUGGUGGACUUGUCAAUGGUUCCUACGAGUCUAACAGCCUCGCAGCGCAUCCUUGCCCGCAAACCCUCCGGUGUCAACAGUGCAAUGAUAGAUGUGAGCAAGAAGUCACAACAAUCGUUAAAGGGAGUGGCAUUACAGCUGAAGGCUAUCACCAUGGAGGUCUGCCUUCCCUGCUUCAGAAUGGCAGCAUGAUGGGUCUUAACAGUGGACUUGAUGCAAUCAAGCAGGUUAGAGAUGAUCAGAUGGUGUUGAAAUCAAAAAUAUUGAAUCUGCAGAAGAAGUGGAACGAGUACUGCCUGCGGCUCCACCAAGGAAGCCAGAGGAUCAACGCAGGUCCUUACCAGGUAUUCCCACAUUACACUGGUGUUCCUGUUGACACAGAAAGAUCAGCAAUUCUGAGCAAAGGUUCCGAGUUGGUUACACUUCAAAGGGAGGUUAUUAGGCCUUCUGCAGUAUCUGCUACACAUACGAAUGCAACCCCAAACAAGAGUGUUUCACCUCCAUCUAUCUCCAACCAAAGGAACGAAGGCCUUGUGUUGAAUCUUCAAGGGAGGCAUUCAAAGGGUGAUGAGCAAUUUCAAGACAGGCAUGCGCAGUUGCGGCAAGAACACUUGUCAAGCUGCCAUGAUCGUGAAGAUAGCAUGUCGCCAUCAGCUGCUGCAUCCGUGGCAACGGAUUUGGUGUUGAGCACGCCCCGUGGAUCUUCUUCCAAGGGUACAAGUUCUGUGAGCUGGAAACAUGCAGUGGAUGCAGAGAAGUCUACCCACUUGACACCCAGUAAGGUGGAUGAUUUGAAUAUGAAGCCCCCACAGCCCUUUGCACAGUCUCAUAGCUCCCGGGGUUCCACAAAUAUGGGGCAACCAUCACCUAGUGCUCUGCAUUCACCAGCUUCAGGAGGUGUGUCUGCCUUUGGCCAAUGGCGAAAGCCUUCACACCUUUCAGUACAAGGUUCUGAUUUGAGCGACUACAAGCUACUCGUGGAACGCCUGUUCAAGGUAGUCGGAAGGCAGGAGGAAGCCCUGAGUGCUAUUUGUGGAUCCAUUGUUGGCUGCCAGUCAACAGAGAGGCGCCGCGGCACAAGCAGGAAGAGCGACAUCUGGUUCAGUUUUCAUGGUUUCGACAGCAUGGCCAAGCGGAGAGUUGCCGUGGCAUUGGCAGAGCUCGUGCACGGCAGCGAAGACAGCUUCAUUUAUCUGGACCUGAGCCUCCAGGAUUGGGGCGGCUCAAGUUUCAGAGGAAAGACUGGCAUAGAUUGCAUCGUUGAUGAGUUGAGCAAGAAGCGGCGCUGUGUGAUCUUCCUCGACAACAUUGAUAAAGUUGACUGCCUCAUUCAGGACAGUCUCUCUCAUGCCGUUGACACCGGUAGAUUCCGAGACAUGCGCGGCAAGGAAGUUGCCAUUAAUGACUCCAUAGUAAUAUUGUCAACAAGAUUGGCACGAUGCAGCAAAAAUGUCUCGGUUGGGGUGGAAGAGGGGCAUACUUUCUCCGAAGAGAAGAUCCUGGCUGCUAGAGGACAGCAACUGAAGAUCUUGAUAGAAUCAGGCACGGCGAUCACCAGCAGAGGCCCUAGUAGCAGUAAGGUGGUAGUUUCCCCUCACACCAAACUUCAGGCUUCUGUGUACUCUGGCUGUGUCAGUAAGCGGAAGCUGGACGUUUCUGACGACCAAGAAAAGCUGCUAGAAUCACCGAGCAAUCCCAAGCGGCCACACAGAACAUCAAGUGUGCCGUUCGACCUGAACCUCCCCGUCGGCGAGGAUGGAUCGAGCGACGCUGACGCCAACGACAGCAGCAGCAACGACAAUCCAGACGAGUCCAUCGACAGCCUCCUGGGAUUGGUUGACGGAGCGAUCGAAUUCAAGGCGUUCGACUUUGGCAAACUGGCCAACGACAUCCUCCAGGACCUGAGCAACGUACUCAGCAACAUCCUGGCCUCGGGCUGCACGUUGGAGGUCGACGAUGGCGCGAUGGAGCAAAUGCUUGCGGCGUCAUGGGCAUUGGAGGACGGGCGGCGGCCUCUGCGGGCCUGGCUGGAGCAGGUGUUCGCCAGGAGCCUCGAAGAGCUGAAGCUCAAGCACAGCAAGCACGCUGGCAGCUCUGCUCUUAGGCUAGUGGCCUGUGAGGACGGCACAGCAGCAGCAGCGACGGCGGCGAAGGAAGACGGCGGUUUUGGACCGCUGCUCCCCUCGAGAAUAAUCCUGGAGUGGCGAUGA